AUGAAAAGAGAAGAAUUUGCUCCUAAAAUAGAACGAUAUAAUGAAGCUCGAAAAACUCUCCAUGCAAAUGACCAAGGAGUAGUUCCAGAAAAUGGCAAGUGUGUUGCCAGAUUGAGCAGUCAAGAAGAAGCUUUGUCCAAAGCUCACCUGGUUAUCAAGCCAAAGAAAUCAAUUACUAAUCUCAAAGAUAAUGCACCAUGUCAUAAAGCAGCUGUGGCAAAUCAAUGGAAAGAGGAAAAUCGUGUUAUACUUCUCCCUUGGCCUGCUCAAA